AUGCCCUUCCCCCCGCAAAGCAUCGUCGACAAGGAGGCUGCCUGCUAUGACUGUGAAUACUGUCGGGCGUCGUUCGCCCUGCCCAAGUUCCUGGACAAACACAUGUUUGAUGUCCACAUGGAACCCUGCAUCCGUGUUUCCACUAAAUCCCUCGAGGAAAACGUUCCAGGACCGACAGAUGUGGUAGAGCUGAUUGAAUUGCCCCAGGAAGUGGAAGAACUGGAAGAUGAAGAGGAGGAGGAGGAAGAAGAGGACAGCUGA